AUGAGCGCUAUUGCGUCCACAUCGCAACAAGGGGAUCUCCUUCAAAUUCUACGCGGUUUCACCGCCGGCGGCUUCGCGGCCGCCGUCUCAAAAACAACCGUAGCCCCAAUCGACCGGGUCAAACUCCUACUUCAACUUCAGAACCGAAGUAACGGAGCCCAAGUGCUCGGGGAGUACAAGGGAAUUGUCGACUGCUUCCAACGGUUAUGUGCCGAACAAGGUGUAAUGUCAUUGUGGAGGGGGAACAGCGCUUCUGUAGCCAGAUGCUUCCCUACACAUGCGUUGAACUUCGUACUGAGGGAUUACUACCGUAUGAUCUUCUUGAACGGCGUUGACAAGAAAACACAGUACGGAAAGUUUGUGUUAGGUAAGUAGUUUUGGGUCGUGAUUUGGAUUAAUAUUCAUUUUUUUGUUCGGCGGGGCAAAAAAUUUUUUUUGAAAUAUAAAACUUUAAAAAACGUCAAAAAGCCUUUUUUUACUAUUAUCAUUACCUAAAAUAAUGUUUUUUACUUAAAAAUAUUUUUUUAUUUAAAAAUAAAAUUUUUAGGUAACAUUUUAUCCGGAGGAGUAGGAGCAGCCACUGCCCUAUGUUUUGUCUAUCCUUUGGAUUUGGCACGUACAAAACUGGCAGUAGAACUAAAAGCAGAUGGUACAAAAAAGUUUGGCGGCAUCUAUGACUGUCUCAAGUCGAUUGGAACCAAAGAUGGCAUUAGUGGAAUGUACCGAGGUUUCAUGUGUUCUUUGCAGUUUGUGGUCAUCUCUAGAGCCAUCUUCUUUGGUCUUUUCGAUACGCUAAGAGGGACGGUCACUGAUGACCCGAAGAGUUUGAGCUUCUUCACUAUGUGGUUUAUGGCUCAGGUAAGUGUUGAGAGUAGUGUAAUAUGAGAUGGACUGGAUAAUGAAUUUUGUGUUUGAUAUUGUUCUUGAAUGUAAAACAUGUCAUUCUUUAUAUACAAUGCCAAAAAAUCAUUUUCUUUAUACCUGGAAGACAUAAAAUAAUCGUGAAACCCUCAGGACCCAAUCAAAACUGAAAUUUUCCCUUUUCAGACCUGUGUAGUCACCUCAGCCUUUGCCACCUACCCUAUGGACACGAUUCGUCGCAAGAUGAUGUUGGACUCGGGUAAAGCCUCAAAGACUUACACCUCAGCCGUGGACUGUCUUCUGAAGACCGUCAACCAGAAUGGAUCCAGCUCUCUGUACAAAGGAGCCGUCAGCAACUCUCUGAAGUCGACUUCUGGAGCUCUGAUGGUGGCAUUGUACUACGAAGCCAUCAAAUACAUGUAA